AUGGAUCUCUCAUCCGGCUCUAUCCACAACGUCUCGUAUUUCGAGCUCAGCUGGUCCAUUCUCAGCACCAUCGGGCUGUUUACGACUCUUCUCGGGAUCUGGGCGGUGCUGAUUACUCGGCCUAGUCCGUUGAGUUAUAUUCCGAUUGUGGUGUCGGCUGCGUGUGCGGCUGCGAAUGGAUUGUGUUAUUUUUCCUACUAUACGUUUCAUUCGGUUCUCAAUCGUAUGGUCGGCAGCGCGUUCGCUGAUAUCUUCUGGCUGAUCCAAGAAGCCGGCCUUUCCUUCUACAGUUACCAAAUACUGUCGCACACACUCCGCGAUCGCUCGCGAGUCAUCUUCCUCAUCAUCUUCUGGCUCUUCAUGCUUGCCAUCCUCGCUCUCCGUCUCGUAAUUCUCACCACUCGUCUCCUCGACAUCCAAUCCUCAUCCAGCCAGUCCCUCCAACACCGCAUCUCCUACCUCCACGUCGGUUACUUCGUUACCAUCGCCCUCGUCGAAUCCUGGAGCUCCUUUUUCCUCAUCCGUCUCCUUCAUAAGGCGCGCGACCUCUCGCCUAAAGUCUCAUCCACUCGUUCCGUGUUUCGAUAUUUGUUACGAACGACGGAGCUUAGAUUGGCUAGUCUUUGUGCUGUGGGCGUUACACGCGCGGUCACUUAUUCGUGGCAGGUCACGGCUCAGAGCGCGGUUAGUGUGCCGGGGGAAUUAGAUCGGUUUGUUUAUGCGGUUGAGUGUUUGUUUCCGUUGGUUUUGAUGUGA